CGGUCUUCUGACUGUGCUGCCAAGGGGUGCACGUGAAGCUGAGGGUCAGCCCCCAGCAGCUUCACUUCAACAAGCUGCUUCUGCACAGGACUGACACCCAGACCCUGGUCCUGAGAAACGACAGCCCACUGCCCAUGGUGUGGCAUCUCAGUGGGCUGGACGACCUUGGCGAUGACUUCUCUGCAUCGCAAGGCAGGGGCAUCGUUGGGCCCCGCACAGACUUUGAGGUGAAGCUGGAUUUCAAGGCCGAGAAGAUUGGCAUCACAAAUAAGAUGAUCUGACUGGAGGUUUCAGAUACAGAAAACAUCCUGGGCAUUGUUCAGGCUGAAACCAUCAAAGUCUCUGUGGAGGUCUACGAUGUUAAUCUGAGCAUCAACAUGCCUGAAGGUCCAGAUGGCAGCUUGGAAUUUGGAACCAUUAAUGUCCUGGAUAAUAAGCAGCAAGUCCUGAGUCUGCAGAACAAAGGCUUGUAUGACAUUGAGUACAGUUUCAAGCUGACCACUGGAAGUGCCAAGAGGGGCGACUUGGAAUCUCCCUUCACUGUCCGGCCGCAGGGGGCUGUGCUGAAAGCCUCCCGGCCACCUGUGAAAGUUGAGGUCCUCUUCCACCCCACGACUGAAAUGUUUCUCGAGAGCAAACCCAUCCUGCUCUGCCAGGUCAUUGAUCUCAAAUCGGGUCAAGGAGGCGAGACCGUUGCCACCAUCCCAGUGAGGGUGUCGGCGAGAGCUGUGUACAGCAAGGACAGCAUCGAGCCUGCCUCGCCCAUCGACUUUGGUGCCAUGGUUAAGGGCACCAAGAAGAGCCAGGUCUUAAUUGUGGAGAACAAAGGCGCCCUCAACUUCAAAUUCCUCAUCCGCCAAGCACCUCCACUGCAAAGUUCAGAGCAAGAGGAAUCUGCCCCCUCGGUCAGGGAAAGAAAACGCUCCACACAGGCUCAGCUCACUGCAGGCGUGUUCACGGUGUCCCCUUGCUCCGGCUCCGUCGGUCCUGGGGGCCAGCAGAAGAUCACAGUGGAUUGCAGCCCAGGAGCAGAGGGGAAAUGCGAGGAGCAGCUGUACAUUGACAUCAGCAACAGAGACCCCAAGGACAAUCCCCUCGGCAUUCCCUUUACCCUGACUGCCGAGUCCUGCCUCCCAGCGCUUGUUGAAGACGUCACGUCCAUCUUUGAGCAGUACCCGAUCCACAGCAACGUCAAUCUCCGCCAGACGUUACAGUCGGUGCAAGGCAACGGUGUGUUCAUCAGAGAUGAUAACAAAUUCAUCUUCACCAAAGUUCAGGUUGGGCAACGGGCCACGGCUCGCUUCAAGAUCUCUAAUGGCAGCAGUGUCCCAUGUGACGUGGUCCUCUCCAUCAAAGCCUUGCCUGGAGAGCCUCACAGCCUCAUCAGCAACAUCUUCAAGCUGGAUCCUGUCGAGAUGAGCAUUCCUGGCUUAUCCCACGCCUUUGCUACAGUGACCUUCACUCCAGAACAAAAGGAGGACUACCAGUGCACUUUCACAGCUUCCCUUGUUAGCCCAAAAAGCAGCUCCGUGAAGACAAAACCCCAACAGCUGACCUUCACUGUCAGUGGAGAGGGGCACGUGCCUCAGGUGACAGUCGAGUGCCCGGGCCUUCGGAGUAAGAGAGGAACCCCUGUGCUGCGCUUCAGGAGGCUCCUGCUGGGGGAUUCACAGACACUCCCCCUGGUCCUUCGUAACAAUGGCAUCAUACCCACAAAGUUCACAGUUCAUAUCAUGGACGACAAGGGAGUUUUCUUUAUGAAAGGCAGGCAGUCCGCACUCCGUGCCUUCCACAUUGCAGACAUGGAAAAGGACUCCACUGGAAAAGCCAAGAAGCGUCCCGAGAAGCCUUACCUGCUCCUGGAACAUGGGCAAUCAGCAGAGUUUGACGUGUUUUUCAAACCCACCCUGGCCCAACGUCUGGAAGGGAAGAUCCGUGUGCCAUUGUCAGGCAACAGUGAGAUCGACAUAGAGCUGGUGGGUGAAGACCACAAUGAUGACUUCACCCUUGAUAACCUCCCUGGACUAGCAGAAGACAGCCAGGAGAGCAAUGCUGAGGGCAAUCUGGAGGACGACAUCAUUGAGG